ACAGCACAGUUCGGUUUUUGUCUUCGCCGUGGCCACACGUCGUCGGGUAGUAGUUAUCGUCGCCGUCGCCAUCGCCGUGUCCUGUCCUGAGCGCCUCUGGAUGUGCGUAUGUGUGCGUGAGUGCUCCAAAGUGCUGCUCCCCAACCCAACAACGAACGGCGAUGCCAUAACCGUCUUCUAGGAGCUUUGAUUCACACGUACAAUAUACCUACAGUGAUACAGGUUGGUUCAAUAGGACUCCCAGCGUGCGGAGGAAAGUUUUGAGCAAUCGUAGAGGGGAUGGAGACAAGUGCAAAAAGAAGAAUUCAAGCCAGGAUGGAAAUUUGCAGCUGGCUGGAUGGACGGGGAAAAGUCUCGGGAAAGUGAACUGUGGUUUUCGUGCAAAGGAUUGAAUAAUCAUCGGAGGAAGAGUGCUGGGAAUGGAAAAAAAAAAACGUGUUGUGUUGUUUGAGGGAACAAGUGAGAGCAGUGAUUUAAUUGUUCCGAGUCGAUUAUUGAUGUGUGCGCGGGGAAAGAAGCACUGGCUUUGAUAAUGCACUCAGCUAUUUGCUUUGGGUUUUCCCGGAUGCAAUCAUCAUCGAUCGGCGGUCAGUGUUGGAAAAACUAGAUUCACGAGCCUCCAGGACAUCAGCAGUCUGAUGAAUUGAGCUUGGAAUAACUGAGUUCCUUGGAUAAGAAAGAACGUAGAAUAAUUGUGAUAUUUAUCUCCGGGUUCGCUUAGUGUAUGUGUGUCUACGUACGUAGCAUUAAUCGCACCAAUAAUUCAAACAACCGUAGCAAAGACAAUAAGGAAGCUUCAACAGUAGUGAAUGUGGUUUUAUUUAUAAUCUAGUUGCGAAUUUUAGAUGCCAUGAGAAAACCGAGAUGGGCAGCAUACAGUUUUAAAAAUAGUCCCCCCAAAGAGUGAAAUGAAGGGAAAACGAAGCAGAAGCCCCGAUGAAUAAUCAUGAAGUGUGCGCGAGUGAGAAAACCUAUGCCCGCAACGAGUGUGAAAAUUUAGAGAAAACAAAAAUCUAAAGUGACAACAAUUGUCUCCAUUAUAAUCUAGAGAACGGCAACAAAGCCAACUCCGUAGUAGUGGAUUCGACGUCGCACGGAUCGAACCACGAGGCCAAAGCAGAACCUACGGCGAAUAGCAAAAAGUGUGAGUGUGAGUGGGUGAGUGUUUUUUGAGUGUGGAACCAAGCUGCAACUCGCGUUUCCUCCUGUUGUGAAGAGGAGCCCCAAAUGGGACGAAAAUCGUUCUCGGUGUUACGUAACGCAUUCGCUCUGGUCGCGUACAGUCAGAAGUUGGAGCUGCUCUCCUCCAGUGGUAACGAAAAGUGGAGCAUCACGACGAAGAAGAUCCUGAUGAGGCCUGAAGAUGUCGUAUCUUCGAUGAGCCGCUGAACGGUUUACGCAGCAGGGAAUACACAUCAAAUCAACUCCCUCCCCCCUCAAUUAUUCGGACCUUCCCCCUGAAUACCCUGAACACUGAGAAGGUCGGUAUCAGACCUAAACAGACACGCGUGUGUGUGUGUGUGUGUUUGUUGAAAAGUGAUUUGUUUUUGUGUUCCAAUCUCCAGCCGAGCUAUAAAAGCAGUUGUCUGGGGUUGUGAAAAAGGAAGACGAGAAAACAAAUAGGAAGAAAGGCUACUAGGACAGUGCGCGAAGGUCGUGUCCGUUGGUUCGUGUGCUGGUUGAUAACCCUGAAGGAAAUCCGGACAAGCUGGCUGCGCUCGCUGAUUACUUUGGAGAUAUUUUCCUUUCAUUAACCAAUAAGAAAAAUACUACUAGCAUCAAGCAAAGCAAGCAAAAGAAAAGCAAGAAAAGCAAACGCUCCUCGCAGACCAUGAGUACAGGUCCCGCACAAGUCGCCGUCGUGUUACCGAACAAUAACAACAACAACAACAGCAUCAUCAUCGGCACAGCACCAUCCGCCCCCAUCGGUUGCAGCAGCAGCAUCGGCAUUGCUUCAGUAGCUGCACAACCACCAUCAUCUUCACCCUCACCGAGCACUUCCACAUCCUGCCAUCCCUGUCCGCCGCCACCGUCGUCGUCAUCGCCCUCCUCGCCAUCAUUGGCGAUUAGCCAUAGUAAUAGUAACAACAACAACAACAGUUGUAGUAUGGCAACCGUAGCGGCGGCGACUGGUGUGACGACAGUGCCCGCGGCAGCGAUAGUCAGUUCCGUGGCGUCACCAGCGUCGUCGUCAUCCGCGUCCGCGUCUUGUACGAAUGCACAGAAAGAGCUUUCUUCGGUGGAUCUAAGCCAAGCAGCAGCAGCGGCGGCGGCGGCGUCAGUAGCGGUGGAUUCACUCAAUCGACAGACCAGCCUCGGCGGCAGACAACGGACACUGGGGGGCAAAGGAAAGCAUUUAACCCGAAGUCACGCCAUGCGUGAGUCAACUUCCCCUCCCCGAACGCCCACACCGCGAUCACCGUCAGAUCAGCACAACAAUAACAACAGUAACAGUAAUGGCUCUACGAGUCAGCAAAAUAUGCUGUCCAUCAACGCGACACCCGAGCCAUCGUGCACCAGCAGUAGCAACUCGCACUCGCCAGUAUCGGAAUCUCGACUGUUUAACAACAACAACAACAACAACAACAACAACAACAACAAUGAGUACGGAGGCAAACAACCUAGUAGCAAUUCGCCAAAUAUCGUUGUCUACGGUGGCGACGAGCGGGGAGGCAAAAGCCAGUUGGAUCUAGACUUUCCCAAACUGACACCCCCGAAGUCGUCGUUCGGUCCAGGAACCGCUGGCAGCAACAACAACAACGGUAAUGGCAAGAAUAGCAAUGGUAGGACUAGCAACAAUAGUACCAGUAGCAACGCAAAGAGUGAUUCAGACAAACUAGACCAUCAUCUGGGGGGUGGCAAUAAAGGCAAACCAGGUGCCGAGCAGGUUAGCAAUAACCCCGAACUGAAGGACCCGAAGCAAGGCGGAGGCGGAGGACCACUAAUGCUGGACUGCGGCGGUGAUCACUCGGCCAAGUCCAGCCUGACCGUGGCGAUGAUCUCCGGAGCGCCUGCCAACGCCAUCACCCCCAACAAUACGUCAUCGUCGUCGCCAGUAUCAUCAAAUAAUAACUAUUGUGAUAAUGAAAGUCGUAAUCUACGUGAGGUUAAUUUUAGUGCUAAUAAUAAUGAUUCUAACAAUCAGAUUAAUAUACAAUUUUCACAUGAGGAAAAUCGAUAUAUACAAUGUGAAAGUCCUACUGAUAGCCUUAUAAGAAAUAAUAGUAGCUCUAAUAGUAAUCUUAAUAGUAGCGCUCACAAUAACAAGAAGCACCGUGCUGGUGGAGGUGGUAGUGGAAACGGAGCGGGUGGUGGAGGAGUGACCGGAGGUGGUGGUGGUGGUGGUAAUAACGCCACUGGCAAAGGCAACAAGCCACGACUUAAAAAUAUGAGCGGAGGAUCAUCGUCAAGCGUCGAUGGUGGUUCCAUCAGUGGUGGCGGUGGGGGAGGAGGAGGAGGCGGUGGUGGAUCUUCUUCGAGCUUUCUCUCGCGUGAUAAUUCCUGCGAGCAGUUCACCGACCAGAGUGGCGUCAAUUUGAUCCAGUUCUUCAAGGAGACGUUGAACAAAAACUUCAAAGAUCGCAACAUGCUGAUGAAGAUCGAAAAGGAGCUGCUCGCCCUGGCCAUGGAUCGCACCCGUAGCCAGAUCAAGUUUCCGCCAAUGUCUUCCUACAACCGGAUGUUGAUCCACCGGGUGGCGGCAUACUUCGGCAUGGAGCACAACGUGGAUGCCACCCAGCAGAGCGUGAUCGCGGAGGUUACCUCGGCCACCCGGAUACCGGACAUUCGCUUCAAGACGCUGAUCAACGAGAGCUUUUCGGAGGAACCGCGCAAGUCGAUCCUGAAGCGCGACACCCACAGCUUCGAUGAGUACCGGUACGGGAUGCUGCACUGCCCUGAUCGGGGCAUACUGGACAGGAAGGCGAAGAGCUUCGAGGAGCGGGAAGAGGAGUACGACAAGGUCAAGAGAAGGAUCUUCAAGAAUCGAGAGGACGGCAGCUCCGAAGAGCAGUGGCAAUGGAUGUCAACGGAGAAUCCCGAGCCCAUGAACGGUCGCCCCAAGCUUCAGAACAAUCGUCUGCUAAAAUCAAUUGAGGGCCGGUCGGACGAGCGACCGUGCGUGUCCAAAUCGCACAGCUUCGGUGGCUACGGAGGCUCAUCUCAGAAUGCACCGCUCCUGCGCGGUGACUCCAUUACGUCCACCAAGAGCGCCAGUGGGCGGCUGUUCACCAAACAGGACUCCAACGCUAGUACAAACACUCCCUGGCGGUUGUCUCCCUCCAGUAGUGGGUCAUACUUCACUUUCAGCUACAAAACCCAAUCGAUCCGAUCGGACUCGGUGACGCCAUCGCCGACCGGCUACGGCAGCGGAGAUCACACGCCGGAACCCUGCAUACAAUCGCCCUCGUCGACGUGCGGAGUCGUCUGGGCAGUUACCGAUAUGGCUAGUGUGCCAAAGGGAAGCGUACUGAUCGACCCACAAACGCUGCAACCAAUCGUCAAUCAGGAUGGCACAAUCUACCACUUUGAUCCAUCGAACCUUCCGGCCACGGCGAAUCUACCGGGAUCCGCUCCCAGGGUUCAGAAGAAGAAGUUCGAAAAGCAGAAAUCCUUCAACAGUCGGAACAAUCUCAACAAUAAUAGCUCGCUGGAGAAUUCGAUCGACCUGCCGCAGGGAGGCAAAAAUGACUGUGGUCAACAGACCACAACCGCCACUACUACCAUUGCCGAAGAGGUCGGCAGUGAACUGAACUAUGAUGGAUCUACGAGUACGAUUAAGAUAAGCACCGAUAAUCACGAUAUUGAUGAAAAUUCUAGUCUUUGUGAAGAAAUCUCCCAAACUACCAACGAGCUUGGUACACUCAAGCUGCAAAAACACCAAGCUACCAGUCCAAUGCUGCAGGCCAGCGAACUGCAGCCCUUGGAGCUGAAUGAGAUUCAGCUCAAUGCCAACCAUGACGAGCAUGGUUCUCUAGCAGAGGCCGUUACCUCAAUGGCGUCCGAUCCUGAAACAGGCGGAACAUUGAUGGUAGCAGUCGGCGGUGAUACUAGUAGUGUCAAACACGAUAACCAAUCCGAGCAUCAGCAUGGCCUAGCUAACGACGAUGCCAACGACGCCAACAGCGAACACUCCCAGGAGGCGGACAAAAAAGACGACACAGGCAAGAUGAACGCGGUGCAGACAGUUCCUUUGAUGAGUUACUCCAACUCGGCGACGCCCAACAGUGCUUACACGGUCAACUACGAAAACGGUAGCAGCACGCAGGGAGCCGGAACCACCGUCUAUGCUUCCGGGGCACCGGGAAUGUCGACGACAUAUCAGACAGCGCCGGACGGCACUAUCUACGCUGUACCUUCACCACUAGUUUAUACAUAUCCUUCGGCGAUGGAUCCAGAAAUGUCCGGAUACUUUGUUCCUGUCUAUGACCAGCAGCGUGAUCCGAACAUGUGUACCGCAACCGGUACGCCCGUCUACCAAACGGCAGCUGCCGCCGCCGGUGCAGCCUCUACAGUAUUACCCAUAGCGUACACUCCUACGGCGGCCUACAGUGGUGCUCCCCUGUACCAGAACCCUACGGCGGUCAUGUAUUCAUCCGAACAGUUCCCUACUGCAGCGCAAGCGAACGCAGCCGCGGCAGCAGCUGGACCACUUCAACAGUAUCCGAUCGGGUACCCGAUUGGCAUUGGCUAUCCCUUCAAUAGUACAGCUUAUCAAAAUUACUGGAAUCAACCCAUCACCUACUACGUUCCGCAAUCGUCGGUUCCUUCUGCGGGGAGCACACAAAUCAUCAUGCCACCACCGGUGUCACAAACUCACGCCAACAGCAGCAUGAUGUCGGCGAUGUCGUAUUCCGGAAAACGUAACACGACUCCACCAAACCACGGUCACCAAUCGCAUAAUCAAGGCCAAAGCGCCUCGGUGACACCGGUUCCGAUCUCUCCAUUUGCGACCAACAUACCGAUGCAACUGCCCGAUCCGUCCGGCGGUCCCAUGUACGCAAUUCCUCAACCAAUCUACUCGAACAUGCUUCCAUUCGCUGGCCCGAUGACGCCUCAUCCACAUCAUUCGGCCACCACCGGUGGUGGAGGUGGUGGCGGCGGUGGCGGUGGGACGAUCAUGAACUCAGUACUUCCCACUGUCUCAGCAGCAGCCAGCACCGGUUAUCAUCACCCACAUUCGCAGUCUAACCAGGGUAACCCGGACUCGCUACCCUCGAGCAAUGGAUCGGCCACGCACAUCUACUCGAACGCUAGUCAGAACAACAAUGCCCAAACGCCUCAGUCUACGCCAAGCACGCCGCUCUCGCUGCCACUAUCGUUACCUCCUCACGGCAAGAAUCCGCCACUCUUUGCCACACCUCCUAUUCUUCCCAAUGGUUACAAUCCUCAGAUGGGCUCCGCAUCCGGCGGUGGCAGUGGUGGUGCUGGUCAUCACCACUACAGCACCUACGAAGAUCGGAAAAAUAGCGGAUCCAGUGGCGGCUACCAAGGAAAGCGAUCGAAUGCCAAUAGUGGAAACUACUUCAACUACAGCAACAAUAACAACAGCCGACAAAUGACACCCAACAGUGUUGGUGGUGGCGGCAGCGGAGGCUAUCAGAACCAAAGCAACUCCGGAACCAGCGGUCCCAAGAGCUACAUGAACUCGAACAAUACAGGGAACAAUCAAAAUUCUAACAAUGGCGGCAAUGGCCCAUUGAUGCUAGGUCAGCCCCCGAAGGGUCAACCGAGAUCGGACGGCCAGACAACCGUGACCAAGCCACCACUGAUACCAACAUUACCAACCAAUAACAAUAACACUAGCAGUAAUACCAACCCUAGCGAUAAGACACGCAUCAACCGAUCAUCCAAGCCACCAAAUCUAGACUUAAAGCGAAAUUACAACAAUUUUAACGUAAACAGUAGAAAUACGCCGAGCACAAACUCAACGGAAAGCAACAACUCACCAAACAGUAUUACAUCGUCAUCGGUGCACGAACAUCAUCCGCAGCAGCCGCCGCAGCAUCACCACCAUCAUCAGCAUCCGCAGACGCACCUUCAGUUUGCACACGGCGGUGGAUCGAAUCCACCUCACCACCCAUACUACACGCCACAGCAUCAGCAUCAGCACCAGCAGCAGCAGCAGCAACAGCAAACGUACUACCACCACAGCCAACGGGGUGGUAGCGUUGGUAGCAACAACGGUGGAUCCAACGUCACGCCCGGCAACAGUGCCGCUGCUGCUGCUGCGGCGGCGGCGGCCGCCCAUACGAUGCCAUCGAGUGCCAUCCAGUCGGCAGCGGCGGUCGCUGCGGCCGCAUGUGCAGCGGCCAUCGAGCCGUACCACUCGCAGCUGAUUCCGUUGAAUGCCGCCGGGAUGUCGUACGUCAAGAUCGGCCAGACGUACUUUACGCAUCCCUCCUUGGCGCUGCCCCCGAGUCGCCGGUCGCCUCCAAAUGACAUACGUCCAAUCGCUGGAGUCUACCCAGCCAUGAACAUGGUGAUGCCAGCAUCACGACAGUUCACACCUCGACCUCAGCACAGCAGUAACUACAAGGGCAACAAGGCGCCAAGAUAAAUGCUUGCUAACUAUCGAAGGUAGAAGGAAGAAGUAGAACAAAAACUAUGCAGAAUCUAAGCAACAAGUAUAAAUUAUUAAAAAUAGACAAAGGAAAACGCACUAUUUAAAAAAAAACGCUAAUCGCUAAGGAAGAUUAGAUUCACUCACACAGACACACUGAAAAGAAAUACAGAAAAACAGAACUCAACAAGGAAGGAAUAAUAUGCUAAGACAAAAAGCCUUUUCCCCGCCCGAAGAAAGUCACGGAACCUGGAAAGAGAUCGUUUUAAAACAAGACCCACAUUCAACGCCGACACGGAGCGGGGGAAGUGGCCAAAGGGAAGAACCCAAAAGUCACGCGAGAACAAGAACGAUCACCCGUGAGGACAAAAUGCCAUUUAUUUUAUUAACGAUUAAAAUUAUUAAUAUAUACAUAUGUAUGAUUAUUAUUACCACAUUACAUAACAGUGAAGCAUCACUAGAGAAAUCCGUAUGAUACCAGUUGAUAACUGAUAGAAAACUAAAAAUUAAAGGAAACAAAAAAAAAAUACAAAAAAUCAGAGUGAAUAAGCGAAACAAAAGAAAAAGAUUACAAAAAAAAAGAAGUAGUAAAUGCUCUACCAGUGAUUCAAUCAACGCUAUGCGAAUUAUUUCUAAAAUAAUUUUUAAACGCGGGAUGUUAAGGACAGGACGGAGACCCGACGGAACAGCAAUUCUGAAACAGUGAUCAACAAACAAAGAAAACAAGCAAGAAAGCAAGAAAAAACGAUGCAUGCAGUUUGGUCGAUUGGUUGUUGAAUAGGUGGAUAAGUAUGUUGAGUGCCCGGAGGCCGGAGAGGAAGCGAGAAAGGAGAUGGAAGCAAAACUGCCGCCCACAACACAACUCAAACUAAAUAGCUACUACUACUAAAUACUUACUAGUUGAACCAUCUGGUGGCAGAGUGCAAAACGCGACAACCACCAUCCCACAGUUCACAGUAACUCUAUAGAAGAGGAAUGAGCCAAGCGAGAAGCAAGGAGGGAUGAAAAAAUCAAUAGCGAACCACACAAACACACACAGAGAACUUAUAUCGUGAAUCAUCACACUAUUAUUAUUAAUUACAAUUCAUUAGAGGAAGUCGGAAAACCAAGAUCAAGUCGUUUACAAAUUUAUAUGAAAAUUUAUUUAUAUAACAAUUGCAAUCUUAAUGCAACACAUAAACAAAACAAGCAUAGUAGCGAAAAAUAACGAUUAUUUAUUCAUAAAAGAAAGUGAACUAUGGCAAGCUAAACGACAAACAUUAUAUUAAAGGAAAACAUCAACAACAGCAAAACGAGAAAACUAAAUAAAAUUGUUAAACCAAGCAUCUUGUAAUGGGAAUUUUCAAGAAGAAAUUUUAACGCUCUAAACAGAAACCUACAACCAAAAAAAAACAAGCAAAAGCAAA